AGCUCUAGCUCUAACUCCUCGCUGCGCUCCCCACGAUCUCGUCCACUCUGGAGCGGUCUCCCGCCUCGCCUCUUCUCGUAAUCCUCCUCUGCUAACCCUUCCGCGAUCUGGUGAGUGAGAAGGGGUCCGUCUGGUCGUUACUUCCUAAGGUCUUUGCCCUAAGAACCUCCUUACUAAACACAUUAUUCGGGUUCUUGACUUAGAUAAAAGCCGUUCUCGCUUUCAUCCUUUAUACUUUGUUAUCAAACAAUCUAUAAUAGGCUCUACUACUAUCUUAUCUUUAGAAUUUCCUUACAAACAUACAAAGCACAAUGCGUUCUUCCACCUUAAAUAGGCGGUGGGAUGCCUCACACACAUAAUCGCAAAUAACUCAAAAAUUUACUAAAUAAUAACUUGAAAUGAAAAGCAUAAACUAAAAGAGCUCGACAGAGAUUUUACCCCUUUACACUCACCUCAUCGAUUAAGUCGCCAUUACGAAUAGGGUAAGCAUGCACCAAUCUCGACGUGAAGCUAAUGAACCUUGGCCCCCUCCUCAUUCUUCUAUGCCAGCUCAACAACCACGCAGCAGAACAAACCAUAUAGCUCCUCCAAUUCUUCAUGCAUAACCCUCCAGUUCGUUCAUCAUGCAUGGAAUAAAAACCACCAACAAAGCCUCGUUUACUAAUGGAUCCGCCCUUCAAUCAAUAACAUGUGGACUAUUACUUUAUUAGAUGCCCACGUAAUCUCACCCUUCCUUGCUCCAUCACACGAACCAUAUCCAUGCAUGAAUCUCAUGUUCACUUCUUCUUUCCACGUGCACAAUAAAACACCAUCAUCAACUACGGCGAUCUCCCUUUCUUAAACCUUGUCCAUCUUUGUGCGUAUUUAAAGGAAUGAAAGGCACUUCAUGGUAGUUGUCAAACCUCUCCUGCAGAGCUGCCUUAUGUUGGGGUCGAUGCAAUUGUCCGAUCUGUCCCGGCGAUCGAUGACCAUGCUCCCAAGGGACCUCUCACCCCGCCUUGAUCGGGAAGUCACGUACAAUACCUCGGCAUCCCAUCUCUCUUUUGAUCAAAGCCAGCGAUCUCAAUUCUCUUUUCCUCACAAUUGAGGGCUCAUCUCCUCCUAUUGAAUUGUGACUCGGUGGCGGUUGCUUCUCCCAAUCAUCACCGCUGCUUUUGGUGCGAGCGGACAACGUUUUCUACGCAGUGCAGCUUGGCCAGAGCGGAUGGGGAAUUAAACUUGAGGGCUUUAUUAGUUUAAGGCUGUAUAUAUGUGGUCUAGGCGAGGCCGAUUGAGAGGUAGGGUUUAAUUGCAUAGGGUUAUUUUAGGAAUUUUAAAAUUACGGGUCAGUUUAAUCCGAAACUCAGUUAACAUCCGUAACUUCCUCAUUUUAUAUCGAAACUCGACAUCGUUUGAACCAAAAUAGUUCACACUUUUAGUCCUCACUAAUAUUACGGUGAAAUUUGAAAAAUUUAACAAGGGCAUAAUGGUCAUUUUGGCUUAAGGAAAGAAUGGGGUGUAACAUUUCCUCCACCCUUAUAAAAAUUUCGUCCCCGAAAUUUGCUCGGAAAUCAUCCUUCUAUCAAUACCCUUCGUAUACUUCCUUUGCAAGAUCAUUUACUCUUACCAUAACAACUUCGUUGGUACCCUUUGCUCAAAUAAGUUUCCUUAGCUUGUAGCACUCGUGUAACCAUGAGUGCCUCACUGCCCUUUUACUACUCAGCUUGAUCCAUACGUGGUGAAACAAAAUGCUAAUUUGGCUUGUCAUGUUGAUCCAAUUCUCCUGGUAGUUGAUGUUGAACCUAAAUCCAAAAUCGAGACAUCACAGGCUGUUAACGGGAGAUUUCAACGCCAUUUUGUCCCUGUCAGAGCAAUCUGGGCGGCCGACCUCUCUAAGAAUUCUCAGACGCUGCAAACGCUUUGGGGAGUUGCUCAACGAGGCUGAGUUAGUGGAUCUAGGCUACUCGGGUCCAAAUUACACUUGGUCUUGAGGCAACCAAACUCAGAGUUUCAAGGCUAGCAGGAUCGAUAGAAGUCUCUACAAUCUUGAUUGGAAUGAUUCCUUCCCCGACACUACUGUGAUGCACCUACCCCGGAUAUGCUCUGACCACAACCCGAUUCUGACCACCGUGCCGAGUCAGGGAGGUUCUUUUCCUUCUCCUAAACGUUUUAAGUUUGAAGCAGCUUGGCUCACUCACCCAAAUUUCCAUGAUUUUUCAGUUUAGAAAUGGAACUCAUAUGAUGAUUUGUCUAUGGCCUUGCAGGACAUUCAGACAAGCUAAAAUUGUGGAACUCUUCGGUUUUUGGUAAUGUUUUUCAGCAAAAGAAGAGACUUUUGGCCAGAAUUGAAGGGGUGGAGCGUAAGCUUGCCGAUUCUUUUCAUCCAGCCUUGGCCAAGCUACACGCCAAACUUGAAACAGAACUUGAUAAACCGUGGAACAGGAGGAGAUUUAUUGGUUCCAACGAGCUCAGGAGAGUUGGAUGAAGUUCGGCGAAAGAAAUACUACUUAUUUUCACCAAAUUGCAAAUAUCAGGCGUCGUAGGAAAAAGAUUGAGUGCUUACGAGAUAAGCAAGAGCUUGGUGCUCUUAUUUUUUGCUUUUUUCUGACAUUUACUUGCAGGAUUCUUCGCAAUAUACAGAUCAGAUGCCUAAAGGAGCUUUCCCUCGCCUUGAAUAGGAGGAUUGGCUACAACUGCUCCGUGUCUUUGCAAUCAGAGAUAUUCACCAAGCUUUUUUUGACAUGAAACCAUUCCAAGCUCUUGGUCCGGACGGUUUACAGGCGGUCUUUUAUCAGCAGACCUGGCGAGUGGUUUGGAAAGCGAUGACAGACAUGGCCCUGUCCUUCUUCGAGAAUGGGACAUUGCCGGCAGCCGCUACUGAGUCGACCCUAGUGCUCAUUCCCAAAGUGGAGAAGCCAGAGUUUGUGACCCAGCUACGACCCAUCUCAUUAAAUAAUGUCAUCCUGAAGGUUGUCACCAAAGAAAUGACGAGCAGAAUGAAGCCGAUCAUGAAGAAACUGAUCUCUCCUAGGCAAAUAAGUUUCAUCCCCGGCGACAAACUUCAGAUAAUAUCCUUGUUAUCUAGGAAGUCCUUCAUUCACUGCGGAAGUUGCAGGGAAAGAGGGGUUACAUGGUGGUCAAGAUCGAUUUGGAGAAAGCCCAUGACAGACUCCGGUGGGAUUUCUUGCGGGACGCCCUGAUCAAAAUUGGUCUUCCUAGCUUGUGGAUUCGGUGUAUCAUGUAUUGUGUGGAGCAUAACCGGAUGCGUAGCCUGUGGAAUGGGGAACUCUCUCAGCCCAUUACCCCACCUAUGAACAGAACAUGCAGAAUAUCUAUUUCUUUUGAUCUUAUUGCUUGCUAUGAUGUUUAAAGCUCGGUGGAUUUCCUGCGUCAUUUCUCCUCUUUCUGUUAUUAGGUUUCAACUUCAAUGAGUUUCUAUCUUCAUAUAAGGUUCAUCGACUUGAACUGGUAUGCUAUUAUAUCCUUUCCCAUUUAUCUAAGUUUGAUGUUUAUGAAUGAUUUGUAAAUAUAGGAAAUGAAUUUGAAUGAUGGUUUAAGUACUAUAUUUGUUUGAAAGCAAAGGAGAUGUUUGUGUAGAACAGGGGCAGUUGUACUUUCCUAUUUUUGUUCCUUGCUUUGCUAUUGAAAUAAUAAAAUAAAAUCAAAAUUAGAAAAAAGGUUUUUUUUCAAUUACAAUAUUUCCGCUCAUGUUUGAUUUUGUCAUAACUAAUGUUCUCCGCGACCAUAAUUUUCCUCAUUAAUUUUUAUUCUUAUGGUCCAACUCACUAAUCAAAUUUUGAUAUUGUUUUAGAAUUAGUUAGAAAUAGAGCUUUCAUUCAACACUCUUGGAUUUUGGGGGUGUUGAACUUGGAGUAGAAGAGUUGGACUUGAGUUUGAGAAUGGAAGUGGUGGGGUAAGAAAAAAUCAACUGCAUCAGGUUAAGGCAGAGAAGAGGGGAGUUGAUGAGGGUAGUGAUCGAAUUGAUGAGGGUAUUGAAAGACGCAGAAGCAAAACUGGAGUAGUUGAAGAGAGAGAAGUGAGAGAUGAAGAGGAUAUUAAUGAAAAUGGAGAGGGUAUUGAAGGGCAUGGAAGUGUACUAAAGUAGGAAAAGGCGGACAAGGGGGGAGAUGAGCAUAUUGAUGGAAUUGGAGAUGAGUUUUGGUUUUAGCGAACUUAUUACAAUUUCCCCUGAGGAAGAUGAGUUGGCAAAACACAGGAAGAGGAUUGAGGAGUUGAAGAGCGAGUUGACAAGAACCCCAAUUGGAAGAGAAAUUGGGGGUAGCAAAGAGAAGAUCCAUCAAAUUAGCAGUAUUGGAGUUGCAGAAGGAGGAUUAGAAAGUGAAUGUUUGGUUGAAACAUAUGCUUCUUGAGGUUGAAGAUAGAGUAGAAAAAAAUUUGGUCGUUCAAUGGAGAGUGGUGGCUAUUGGAUCUUUAGGUUUAUGGUUUCUACAGCUACAACAACAUAUUUCUAUCUUAAAACGAGGAAUCAUUUAUUGAUUUAAUGAAGUAUGUCGAUUCUUUAUUCAGCCUACUUCAACUGAUAGAUAAGGAGUGUCUAAUUUUGCAUCUUAUUACUUUGAUCGAGUCUAUUAGUAUAUUGGAGGUAACCCAAUUUUGUCGUUUGCUCUCAAGUUUUGAUAGUCCCCUCUUAGCUAAGUUGUUAGUAUAUAGUUGACUUGAACCUACAACACUCAAUUUCUUUUUGAUUAGUGGCAUAUUGCCCCCAAAACGAGAGCAUUGAACCAUUUAUGUUGGAUUGUGAGGUUUUAGAUUCAGUUUCAAACUAUAGAUGGGUCGUGUGGGAAUUUCAGUGAGCUUUUAUACUCUAUCUUUCUUAACAAUCAACUAACUAAUAACAUUUUAACAGAGCUUAAUUAUCAUUAUGAAAAUGGGAUCAAUAAUACAUUUUUAUAUUUUAUAUUCUUAAAUGAUGAUGAUAUUUCUCUGAAUUUCGACCUAUAUAUUCUUUCUUUAUGUAUCAUCUCGAUCGAAAGAUUGUCAAUAAAAUUAAACAGGUUGA